AUGGCGUCCUCCAGCGAGAACUAUCCACGAGGACCAUACGAGGUCGGCAAGCACAUCGUUCCUCCUCCACGGCCAAGCUCGCCAUCAACUGCCGAGUACCGCCUCAAUCAUCUCAUGACCCGUAUCAAAGACCCGGAGAAGAGUUUGAAGUUCUACUGUGACUGCCUGGGCAUGCACGUUGUUUUCAUCUUCAAUGCUGGUCCAUUUACCAUUUACUACCUAGGACCACGAGAUAGUGGUAUGUCCACCCUCGGUACCUCAAAGGGGUUACUAGAGCUGUACCACAUCCCCGCAGACGCGUCUACGUCGUAUACUUCUGGCAAUGACUACUCUAAUCCGGCGGGAAUCGGCUUCGGUCACAUUGGAUUCACAGUACCAGAUGUCCCUGAAGCACUGGAAAGGAUCAAAAGCUUUGGCUACGAGGUCAUCAAGCCGCUGGAUGAGGCGAAAGAAGAGCAGAUGGGUUUGCCUGCGGAGGCUGUAGAAGGGAAACACGGGACAGUACCAGACGGCUACAAGCACGUUUUCAAACAGCUCGUUUUCGUGAAGGAUCCGGAUGUAAGUGGACGCCAACCAGUAUUCAUUUCCUCGCCUCUCAUCAAAGUUCUCGUUAGGCCUGAGUCUCAGCGUUCAGAACUGUUUGUUCACCAGUCCAUCAUAACGUCGCGAUCCAAGUUCUUCGCCAACGCGCUUAGUGGCAGAUGGAACAACUCUGACGCGAAGACUAUCAAUCUUUACGAUCUAAACCCUGAGCUGAGAUCAGAAGAUGUUGAGCACUAUUUGGAAGCCGUCUAUACGAAUCGCAUCACGCUCAAGGAUGACUCGAGCGUUCUUGAACGUAUAUGUCACGUAUACGUGAUAGCUGAAUUGCUGCUCGAUCUACACACUCGUAAUCUGGCAACUCAGGCACUGUAUGAGCAGAUCUCCUUCCGUGAAUCUUAUGGGUACGUUGUUCACACAAACCCUGGCCCAGAGUGUAUAAAGAUUAUCUACGAAGGUACAGUAGCUGGGGAUCUAAUGAGGGAGCUACUUGUUCAUAGUUGGUGCGGUCUCGGACGCCAUGGUUUACUUCAGUGCGAUGAUUUGCCCAAACGGUUCUUGAGUGAGCUAGCGACGGCUGCGUUGAAGGAGGAACACGGACCGUUGUUGUAUCAUUUGGACACAUACCUCGAAGACAAUUCAUAA